AAUCUGUGUUAAAGAGAUAUUUUUAAGCUUAACCGUUUCACGUAUUAUUUGUAAUUUUUAUAUUUAUUAUGCCAACUAAUGUGUACAGAGUUCAAGGACCCGAUGGUACUAUUCCUUACCAACAGUUUUUAAUCCCCAAAAGAGCCAAACAUCUAAAUGAUAUUGUUUCAUCAUUAAAGAAAAAUAUUCGCCAUGAUGGCCGAGAUUUCUUAGCUCAUAGAAAAUUAUGUGUGAAAACAGGCAUUAUCACUCAAGCUAAAGGAUCUGCUUAUGUUGAAUGUGGUCAUACUAAAGUAGUAUGCUCUGUUUUUGAUCCUAAAGAAGUUCCAAACAAAGUGGAGUAUGCUAAAACAGGCGAAUUACAAUGUGAAUUUAAGUUUACUACUUUUUCUUGUCUUCAACGACGUGGUUAUACAAGAGAUUCUGAAGAACGUCAAUUAUGUAAUGAGUUACGGAGAGCUCUUGAACCUGCAAUUUGUAGAGGAGAAUUUGCAAAUUUUGAAAUUCAAAUCAAUGUCUUAGUUCUUGAAAAUGAUGGAUCUGUUUUAGCAACUGCAAUUAAUGCUGCUGGGUUUGCUUUGGUAGAUGGUUGUAUACCUAUGUAUGAUGUAAUUACUGCUUCUACGUUGGGUAUUUAUGAAAAUAAGAUUCUAGUUGACCCAACAUAUAAUGAAGAAUCAUUAUGUUUAUCAAGAGUGAUAGGUGAACAAAAUCAUGGAAUCAUCAUGUUAUCAUACAUGAAAAAUCUUCAGCAAAUCACAGAAUUUUCUCAAAAUGGUUCUAUGGGUGUUAAUAUGUUUCCAGAGUAUGUGCAAAUAUUAAUAGACCAAAAUUGUAAACUAUAUUCUAUGGUACUUUAUAAUGUAAGAAAUAAUGUUUAUGAACACUUUAAUGAAGAAUUUAUAGAAUGUAAAGAAAAAUCUUAGACAUAAGUUAUAUUUAAAAAAAAAACUAAAAAAAGCAUGCAGAAUAUAAUGAAAAAUUUAUUCUUUAAAGUAUGAA